UCUGAACGCACUGUCAGCCUGCGCAUAUUUUUUUUUAUGACUGCAGCGCUGCCAUGCAUGCAUGUCGUGCCUCUGUUUGUGUGCAGAAUGUUGAAAUUUCAAGCAGUUUUUGAAGGAGAUGUGGCAAGAGAUGUUGAAGAAACAGAUGGAAAACAAGAGGUCCUGCUUGAAUGAAAGUGUGGGGAAACAGAAGCUGAGGAUAAAAGCUGAGGGGAAAAGGCACUGUGAUUAGAGAGAGAGAGAGAGAAUAAAAGAAAGAAAGAGAGAGAUUGCAAGGCGGAGGAAGAGGAGGAGGCAGAAGAGGCGAUCUGCUGAAGGGAACCAGCAGAGCCGCUGAUUUUACCAAAACCCUCGGCAGCUGCCUUCUGUUGCUGUGGAGAUGGGCUGUUGGCUCUCUGGACCAUGGAUGGGUGACCAAACGAUGAGCGGGCGGAGUCUAGCACACCUAAGCCAGCGGGAUGCUUUGAGGAUUAUUGCUGCGAGUCAGCGCCCCAUCACCUUGCAAAUCAAGGGCCAGAGGAGGCGGGGCAAUGAGGGAGACAGGGGAUCCUGGGAACCCCUGCCGCUCAACCUGCAGCACCUCAACCUACCUCUUCCAAUGAGGGGGGCAGGAAUUAACACAUCUAGCCCCUCCUACCCAGACAGACAUUAUUAUGGCCAUCUGUCUCUGCCACAAGAUCACUGUGAUGGAGGACGGUACAGCUAUAUGUCUAGCUCACCACGGGACACUGUGGAAAUCAACCAUCAGGAUCUCGAACUCGCCAGACGUCGACAAAAAAGGAAGAAUUGCCUGAUGGGAUGUUGCAAUCCUGACUUAGAUGAACCAACAACCUGCCACAGCCAGACUGACGAUGAGGACUUCAUCCUGGAGAAGCCAUUGGGUUACAUGCCCCUUCACCAUGAGUUGGACAGUGGUCUGGGCUGGACAGAUGGCUCCCUCCAUCAGGGUGAUCUCUCAGGGCUGGAGACAGAGGAGGGAGGUCUGGAAGACUGUCAUCCUCAUGGGAACUUUGCCACUGCUGGGUGUGGGGGGUUCGGAGGUGGGGGCUCUCCGUCCUCAGAGUCUUUCAUCUCCUCGGAGCUCAGCGAUUCAGGCUUCUACAGUGUUAGCACCGGUGAGUUCAGGCACUUCCAAAGGCUCUUAGAGAAGAGGAUGCGUCUGUACAAUGCCAGGAUGCAACAUCAGGGUGAACCAUGCGAGAGACGCGAGAGGCGUGACAGCUGCCCCAAGAGCCACAGAGAGCUGCUCGAGUCGAUACCAGAGGCCCUGACGAUGCAGCCCCCAUGUCAGCACCUGCAAAAUGGGAUGGAGGAUGGAGCUGGGCCAGUCAUGGAUGUCCAGCCUCGUGGACUUUUCAGGGUUUCAUCGGUCCAGUUCCAUAAAGCUGACCGACCCUGUCUGAACCGCCACAGCUCUAGCAGCGGCGCUCUCUUCAACCCCUCUCACGCCGCAGUCCCACGUAUAAAUGCCCCAGUCCUCUCCACCUGCAGCACACCCUCCAGCCAUCGAAGACCACAAAUACCCAUGCAGCAGCAGUACAACCACCAGGGUUCAAGCUCAGUAGGCAUGCUGAGGAGGAGCAGAACCCUACACCACCGACCGCCUCCGCAGGAAUACCGCCGCCGGGCCAGCCACCCAGCAUCACCUUCCUACUGUGCUGCAACUCUGCACUACUGUGGAGGUGUCACUCCACACAACGUCCUUCCACCAGGCCUGCCAGAGGAAGGUGAGCUAGAUGCUGGUGUGAUGGCUUCCCACCCAACAGGCAUGGCCCUAUCACCCCAACAACACCCGGCUGCUUUGGGACACGUCAGGGGCACCAACACCAGUGAGCGAUGCUAUGACAACUCGGGUGGUCAGAUCACACAAAAUGACUGGUGGCACACUCAAGAUAGAAGCUUAAUGCCUGAGCCAGCGAUGGCAGAAAGAGAGAGGGAGAUGGAGAGGGAACUGGAACAAAAGAGACAACUACAAAAGGAAAAGGAGAUUGAAAGGGAAAGAGAAAUUGAAAGAGAGAUGGAGAGGGAAAGAGAGACAAAGCUCCAGGAGGAGAAGGAAAGAGAGAGGCAACUGGAGCUGGAAAGGAGCAGAGCUAGAGAACAGCAGCACCUCCAGAGUCAUGUCCUCCCACUGCAGGCUGGAGACGUCAACGACACCUGGCCAAAGCCGGCCAGUCGUCAGUCCUAUGGAGGUGGAGGAGGUAGAGGUCUCUACAGCACUUUGGAGGGCCACACAGGAGUUGGAACUUCUGCUGAAUGUGAGGCAAAGAAUGGACAAAUAAAUGCAAACUCAAGUCACAAUGCCGGUUCCGGUCUGCAGGCAAAACCUAACCCAAGCUCUAGACCUAACACAACCUCACGAGUCACAAGGAGCCAGUUGCUCAGAGAUCGAGCUCAUCAGCUGGCAGAUGAACGGAGUGGAAUGAGUACUGAUGAAGAGAACAACACUGACAUGCUGCUGGGUCGCUACUGGAGUCGAACAGAGAGGAGAGAACACUUCCUGUUGGCUCGGGAGCAAAAGCAGCAACAGCUGCUGGCCAGAGGCGGACCUUUACGAGAAGCUGUUAGCCGGGGAGCAGCGUCUAUAGGAGACGGAGGCUUAAUAGAAAGCAGGGGAGUUGGACCGUUUGCUGAGGGGCGAUGCAAAACUGUCCUGGAGCUGAGUCAACGGAAGCUGAGUCGUCUGAGGAACAGAAAGCUGUUGGAUGACUGGACAACCGUAGAGGAGCUGCUGACUCAUGGGACCAGGUUGGACAACCAGGAGGACAUGUUGUGUCCAAGCUCCUUGUUGACAGUCACCACUGUCUAACUGCACAGACACAAUGUUUAGUUUAACCUCUGAGUGUGUGUGAUGUUAAACUAAUGAUAUAAUAUUAUGUGAAUCUGCUUGUUCCGUCUUUCUCAGAGUUAGACAAGAACAUGGAUGUCAGCUGAAGUAGGAUUGGUGGAAGGCCCAUUUAGACUUGGAGUGUAAACAAACAAUGUGAAAGAAAAUCACCAAUGUCUCUUCAGUCCAUUCCAGGAAGGUGUCAUUCACCCAAUGGAACUGAAGAUAUAAAGCUGCCUUGAGUUUCUUACGUCACUUCAAUUAGACAUGUUUGGAAUCAUCGGUGGGUUUAUAAUACUGUUUUUAAAACAGGAAAUACCAAAAAGUCUGACAGCCACCCUCAAUUCUGUUUUUUUCCACUGUACUUCAAUAUCCCUCAAUAACCCCAUAAGAGUAUGGCUGCAGUGGAUGUUUUGUUAAUUGUGAUAUGGUUCAAUGCCCAGGCACUGGGUACUGAGUUGUGUGGGGUCAGGAGCACCUAACUACAAAAAAGCAUGUCAGUUCUAAUCAAACCAGAUUUAUAUUGAUUUCUGCAUGUACAGUCAAAUGGGCAGUGCAGAUGCUGAUAAUAAUGCUGGUUGGUGUCUGAUUCCCAGCUUUCAAUCUAGAGCAAAAUUAAAAGGCUAUUUAUGUAAAGUUUACAGUAUUAAAAAACCUGAACUGUGUUACUCUACCUUGAUACAAACUCUUAGAAACACAAUUUGUUUAAUGGUUGCUUUACAAAAUGAGUAGGAUUGUUAGAGUUCUACGAAAAGGAACAUAAGAAGUAAAACUAUACAACUCUAUCCAGCAGUGGGGGUUUGACGUGAGGUGUAGAUAGACAGGCUUCCCCAGGGCUCAAUUAAUGCAAGAACCAUCACUGCUUGACUGUUUUCACAUAUUGUCAAAUAUUAUUUUUCCGGUGACAUUUUUAGUGGAUUAUGGGCUGUCAGUAAAGUCUUAAGGGACUUUAUUUAUUAACUAAUUACCUCCAGUAUCUGAAGUGCAAAGAUAAAACUGACAUCCAUUCUCUAAUCUCUCUGCGGAAGACAGGAAGCAAGAUACUUCACACAACUGUUGUAUUGUUCUGUUAGCAUAUAUGUCUGAAAGGGAAAACUUUACUCUCAUUGCUUUGCAUCACCUCAACUGAUAGCUUUACGUGUGGGUGUGUGACCACUGUACAGCACUCCGGACAAAAUGUGUGAGUCAGUGCAUGACGCUUGAAAUGACAAACAAAUGAGCAAGGUCAUAUGAGCCGGUGUGUGUUUGCACCAUGUGAUUCAUGCUACAUCCAAUGCUAAGUAUAUUUUACUGGAUUUUUUUUAAACAUUUACAAAUAUUUGGGUUUGAACCUCUAACAGGCCAUGGGAUAUUUGGAAAGCAAUACUAUUCUAGGUGUAUUUUCUUGUCUGUGCACUUAAAACAAAUCACAAAUUCCUUUUAUAUCAAAGGCAAGGACACAAAUCAACUGUAGCAAAGCAGACAAUGACAGCUUGGAGAUUUGAUACAAAAUCUUGAAAAAUUUAGCCUUUUUCAGAUAGUAACAGUUUGUUAAAAAAUAAUCAGUAUGAUUUUGUGCAACAAGAAUAAAAGUGCGUGGAUUAGUGGUAAGCAACAGUUUUUCAUGUAGAAGGUUUGAUGCUCAACUUUAAUCUGUUAAAUAAUAUGCUGCAAUGCUUGGUCAGGACUUUAUGCUGCACUCAUGUUACUUAAUUUCAAUCUAAAACAACAUGCAUAUGACAGCAAAUAUUCCCCACUUUAAGAAACCUAAUUAAGUGAUGUGGAGUCAAAGCACUCAUUAGUAAAAGUAGUGUUACACCGAUCACCGUUUUUAUUUAUCUCUAAUUAGAACCUUCUGUCAGGACUGAUAUAAAUGUUAAUUACUAGGAUUACACUAUUAGUAGCGUUAAUUGUUAAUAUUAUAAUUAUCAUGUCACUUGCUGCUCCUGCUAUUUUCAGCAACCAGCAUCUUUUACCAGCGAUUUAAAACUAAAUGCAUUGCUGCAACUGAUCUGGGAUCUGCCAGAAUUAGAAAAAUAACUACAUACCACUAAUAUUUUAUUGAAUAUUUCUACUUGAGUAGAAAACUGUUAAUUCAGAGACAUGAAUGCAGCAUAGAGUAGUUAGUCUACCACGUGUCAUGGCUCUCCUUUACUGCCAGGAAUUUUAAAAUCGGCAGGAUGUUUACAGAUCUACGCAUAAAACUGUUUAUGCAUGUUUACUCAAAUCCUGAGGAGAAGGGGUUUUUUGAGAAAGGACAGUAGAACUCUGAUAGACCUUACAUAAGGGAGGAUGUGCUGAUGUCCGCAGUGUCUGCUCUGCAGGUAGAGCUCAAGAGACAUUCCACUUCAAGCUGGUGACAGGUCCGUAGUUCAGGAACAAGUGCAAUAAUACCUCAAGUUAGUUUUGUCAAGGUAACCUUGGUGUCGGCUUUUCAGCGAAUGCAGUAAUUUGUUUUAAAUCAAAAUGGAUGCACAAAGUGAUAAGACACCACAAGUGCACAGUAAUCUUGGAGUUUGCAGUGGCAACAGCUAAGGUCACACAGAUAUUUACAGUGUUUUCCGUGGAAGGGACCUAAGAAGAAAAAAAAACUUUUUGCACAUCAUUUUUAUAUAAAAAGUUUUCCCUACCUUUCUGUACCAGGGACUUAGGCCAGUGGAACAACUGUAGAUAGAAUGACAGUCUUUGUUGAUGUUUUCUUUAUAAACUAUCAUAGUGAUUUAUGGAGGAAAAAAGUAGUUUAUUGUGGUUGUGUUGGACAUAUUUCAAUAUUUUUCUUGUGAUGGUUUCAAAACAAACGUGGACAGUUUUAAUGAUCUUUAAAUAUUUUAAUGCUA